AUGGUACGCCGGGCCCGCGGGCCCCGCCGUGCCCUGCCAGGCCCAGGCCGUGCUGGAAGGCCGGGCUCGGAGCCCACUGAUCCGCUCCAGCCCGCCCGGGGCCCCGCCCGCCGGGAGCGGGAGCGGGAGCGGGAGCGGGACCGGGAGCAGCUGCCGCCAGGGGGCGCCGCGGGGCCGGCAGAGGCCCCGCCCCGCGCGCGCAGCCCCGGGCCUCGAGGGCGCCGUGCCACGUGCCGGGCCAGGCGAGGGGCGAGGCCGCGGCGGGGCCGUCCCGCACCCCCGGCAGGGCCGUCCCGCACCCCCGGCAGGGCCGUCCCGCACCCCCGGCAGGGCCCUCCCGCACCCCCGGCAGGGCCCUCCGCACCCCGGCAGGGUCCUCCCGCACCCUCGGCAGGGUCCUCCCGCACCCGGCAGGGCCGUCCGCACGCCUGGCAGGGCCGUCCCGCACCCCCGGCAGGGCCCUCCCGCACCCCCGGCAGGGCCCUCCCGCACCCCCGGCAGGGCCGUCCCGCACCCCCGGCAGGGCCGUCCCGCACCCCCGGCAGGGCCGUGACGGAGCCGAGAGCGCACUGGCUGCUGCCCCGCAGGGCUAGAGAUUCGGAGCCUACAACUGCCAGCACAGAGCACCACCACGGCAACACCCCGAGACCCAUAGUCUUGUUCUGA